AUUCAGGAAAGGAAGGCCGGGGCCCUGGUCACUCCCCGACGGCGCUGCCCAGGGGAUGCUCCAGCAUGGCCUGCAUCUCUGCUUGGAGGCAGGGCUCAGCCCCAGCACACGGACCGUAGCUCUCUGGGUGGCACUGCCACCACAGAAGGGAGCUCCACAGGGCACCAAAGGAUGAGACAGGGGCGUCCCCGCCUGAGAAACGCUGCUGCCUUCCAAGUGCCACUGCUUCGGCCCUCCCCUUCGCUGUAAAGGUCUGGGUUCCCCUCUGUGACUGUGCCGAGGUGCCCACGCCACCCAGCCGCUCACCAUGCCGGAGCUGGCAGAGCUGAGCACUCCCCGCACGCCCGCAGACGCCGACCACAUCCAGAGGAACAUCCUGGAGGAGCACGUGGAGCUCUGGUGGUUCCAGGACCCCAAGAAGUCCAUCCUGUGCUACGGGGUGGCAGUGGUGCUGAUCCUGGCCUGCGGUAUCGGGGGCAUCAUUCUGCUGUACAGCACCAGCAGCCGAUCCGGAGAGUGGCGCCUGGCCGUGGGCACCACGCUCUGCCUCCUGGCCCUGCUGGUGCUGCUGAAGCAGCUGCUGAGCUCUGCCAUCCAGGACAUGAACUGCAUCCGCAGCCGGGACCAGAUCGAGCUGCUCAAGAGCGGGGGCUUCUCGGACUGCCUGGUGCUGCUGCUCAGCGCCCUGGUGCUGCUCGUCUGUGGCAUCGUGCUCACCGUGCUCUCCACCACGCGCAUGCAGCUCAGCCCCCUCCAGCCGCUGGGCAGCAUGUUCACCAGCGGGAUCAUCCUCUUGGCUGCUGGCAGCACCAUCCUCCUCUCCCUGCUGCUCUACGUGCUCUGCACCUCCUGCUGCCAAGCUGCUCCUCGAGGCUUGGACACAGGCGAAAUAAGUGUCUUCACCAUCUCUGGCCGUCUAGCUGCUAACAGGCGACUUCCUCCCACCUCCAGCAUGGCCAACCUGAUCUGAGCCGGAGCCCCGGGCGCUGCGCCAGAGCUGGCGGGACCCGCUGCGCGAGGCUCCCUGGACACGACUCAGCAGCAGGGCUCCUGCCUCCCCGCCCCACCGGUUAUCCCCAAAGCAAGGGAGAUUCGCAGGGUGCCUUGUGCUCCAAUCAGACGUGACUGCCCUUUGCUUUACCUCAGGCUAACAGCGUGGUGGGAACCCUGCGCUGCCUGGACGGGCUUCGGGAGCGGGAGCUCUACAAGCCCAGCACUGCCCUGGGCUGCUCUUUCUCUCAGCAGAGCCUCCCGCCGCGGCUGCCGCCUGCCCAGCCAGCCUGGCCGCGGUGCCGCAGCGGGAGUUGAGGUGAGCCUGUCCCGUACCGCUGGGGACCCCAGUGCUCGCGCGGUCCCUGCUCCGYGGCUGCUCCUUCGGCAGGAGAGGCUGAGAUUGCUCGUGGUGCAAAACCACCCUGUGCUCUGUGCAGAGCUGCCGCCCGGGCUGUAAUCAGCUCGUAAAUCUGCUCAGAGCUUUCGAGCACGUGAAGCUGCGCACACGCUGAGCAUCCUGUGAUGCCCUGCGCCCUGUCCCCCCUUCCCGCCAGCUUGAAAACAAGAACAGCCUGUAGCAAGGGCUGAUAAAUGUCAGGAAAUACGGGGAGCGUUAGCAGGCGUGCUGAAGGAAGCAAGGGGAGCCAGGAUGAAGCAGAGCUGCGAGGGGCUUCCCCUCGAGGAAGCACCUCCAGGUGUGUGUGYGGGAGGGAGCACGGGGUCUGCGUGCGGGUCUGCACCCAUGAAAUGCUGUUCGUGUUUACAACGCCCAGAGCUCUCCCAACGUUACCUUGCUGCUGCCCACGGUCUUCUGCAUUUUGAUCCAAGGGGCAGGCGGAGGGGGUGCUGCCACUAGUUUGCACUGCUGGACCGUGAGCUCCGCMGGGGGCUCGGUGAGGACGGGAGGCYGGUGUCACAGGCGCAGGGCCGGCGCGCGGAGGGCUCCUGCCCUGCAAGGCGCCGAGGGGCCGCGCUGUCCUCCCCCGGCACGGGUUUCCCAGGCACAGGCACCUCCGGCGCCGUGAGAACAGGCAGGUGCCGCGGUCCUGCGGGGAGCACGUUCAGUGCAGCAGCUUUUCCCCUUUCCCUGUUCCCCACCUGUCGCUCCCUGGUGUGUAACAGUUGUGCCGUUACCACUGGGGCCUCACUGUGAAACAGUUUGGUGUUCUAUUUCUGUCAGCCUGUCCUAGAGGCAGGAAACUUGGAAACUUUCCCUGUGCAUUUAGGCUAAUUUACUUGAUUUUUUUUUUCCCUAUAAGAGCCACAAACCAUUUCACUGCCCCUGCCCUUUCCGUAGAUGCAGACCCGGUGCUGCUGGUGAAGUUGUUUCUGAGCAGCCUUUCCUUGUUUCUCUCUUCAUCUUCCUGCCUGCUCUCAUCUGCCCCAACGUGAGCUGUUCUGCCUCAGCCAUUAUUUUUGCACUUUAUUUGCGAUGAUUCCUCUGAUGAUGAUUAGGGUAACCAAUUAGAUUAAAACAGGCUUUUGGGGCAUCUUCUAGCAAAUUUACUUUAAAGGGGACCAUAGCUCAUUCCCUUGGUAGCAGCAUGAACCACUGCCUGUGUUACACCUGGUAGCAAUGUCCGGGGUUCAUCGUCCAUGGAGCACAUCAGGUACAUGCCGGACAAUGAGGAUUUCAUCCCUUUGCAGCUCCAGCCCGUGCUGCUCUGCGGUGCUCAGAUUCCAUUGCUUCUGUUCAUCCACUCUUGCCCUGUUCCCACUGACUUUCCUUCCCUUUAAAGUCUUGGGUAACUUUUUCCAAACUAACUAGUUGCACAGGAACAUCAUUAUGCUGUUUUUUGUUUUCUGUAUCUGUCAUAUUUCUACAUUUUCCUUUACCAGUUUCGUAUCACCUGCAGAUUUUAUUAAACUGCUGUUUCCUCCUUUCACUGCAUUACCUCCCUGAAUCUGGCCAGGAGCUAAGAGGCUGUUACCAAGAUUAGGUCCUUCUGUAUCAAACGCUCCACCUUUGGGUAGCAAGAGCAGCCCUUCCCCAGGUUCAGCAGGAAGUCCGGAGCGGCGGCAGGAGCUGAGCAGCAGUUUUGCACCACCACCAUCCGUGGGUUUCUGUGGGCAUGCGGGUCUGUGCCCAGCCUGCAGCUCCGCRCUGCCCGCGCGUCAACGUGAAUCUGCCCCUCUGCAGACCCUUCAAAAUGUGCCCAGGUGCAUG